GUCAUUUAGAGGAAAAAGCGUGAGAGAGAAAGCUCAAAGGAUGAAGAUUUGGAGAUUAUUAUGAGCGAAACGAGUGGCGAGACGGUUCCGAUGCUGCCCGUGAGGCUGUCCUACAGAGCGCUCUACCUUUUCCUCUUCGCGUGUGCGUUGUGCAUCAUUUUCCUUCUCUUACCCGGCCGCCGAUUGUCUUGUUGUCCGAAUGAGACUUCCGGACAGACCUCCGGGCGGGCACCUGUGUUUCACAUGUCCGAUAACGACCUCUCUCAGAACAGCUUCAUGUACAACGGAACCUAUCCUCUCACCGCACCACAAACGGCUGCUGGUCUAGAAUAUCGAGUUGGACUAGUGGAAGAUCCUGACGAGAGCUCAAGAAAAGGAGAAUCUUUCAAGUGGUCCAGCAACCUGAAAACUGGUGGCCUGGUUGUCCAUAGAGACGGAUCCAUCGGCUUCAAGAUCGAGAAUACCAUAGAGCUGACCUCUUACCUCUCGGAAAAGGGGCGUGGUGCCGAGCUGUCUGAGCUGAUAGUGUUCAAUGGAAGACUGUACACUGUGGAUGACCGCUCGGGGAUAAUAUUUGAGGUACGAGGAGGCCAGCUGGUACCGUGGGUGAUCCUGGAAGACGGACCAGGAACUGUGGGGAAAGGGUUCAAAGCGGAGUGGAUGGCUGUCAAGGGCCACAUGCUCUAUGUCGGUGGUCUGGGGAAAGUCUGGACCACACAGACUGGGGAGUACGUGAACGACCAUCCGCAGUGGGUGAAGGUAGUCAGUCCAGAGGGAGUGGUCCAUCACCAGCCCUGGAGCAGAGUCUACAACGAUAUGAAACUCAGUGCCGGCAUUGGGACCCAGGGGUAUAUCAUCCACGAGAGUGCAGCGUGGAGUCCGGCCAACAGGAAGUGGUACUUCCUCCCGCGGAGAGCCAGCAACGAGAGGUAUAACGACGUGGCGGACGAGCAUCGAGCAACGAAUCUCAUGAUCACGGCAGACGAGAAUCUCAGCAAUAUGGAGACCACUCAUAUUGGGCCUCUCAACAACGUCCACGGGUUCUCUUCGUUCAAGUUUCUCCCUGGCUCCAGGGACUCGGUCAUAGUGGCACUCAAGUCUGAGGAGAACCGCGGAACCAUCGCUACAUACAUCACGGCCUUUGACCUCUCGGGAAAGACUUUAAUGGCCGAGCAGAAAAUAGCAGAUGUCAAAUUGGAAGGAAUAGAGUUCAUCUAACGUAUCCGGCCAAGUGCAGAAGGCAGCUUUGGGUCACAUGACUCUCAUGAUCUCAUCACAUGACUCUCAUCAGAGAUUUAUUUUAUUUACAGAACUGUAUAUUAUAUUAUACAAAAAUUACUUCUGUGACGAAACAAAUAGUUUUCCUAGCAAUAUCCCUAUGACGACGACAAAAACUGACAGAACCACAAAGAAAAGUUUCAGCCAGUGUUCAGACCACGUCCACUUGGUUUCUUGGGGAGCCCCUGUCGUUUCCACGGUAUUAGUGGUGUCAUUGAGAGAGGUGGAAGGGGUGUGGUCAUCAGAGGGGGGCGGGGCAGAGCAGUCGCAGCUAGUGACAGAUGAGAAACCA